AGCAAACACGACACCACGCACUGCUACUUACGACACGGCUCAUCCGCGUUGCCCCGAGGAUAUAGAACGUGUUCGAUUGCUGUCAGCAUUCGUCUAAGCCCGCACUUGCUGCACACCGUCGCAGCGGUGCAGACUUGAGGCACUUAUCACCAAAAGCCCCUCGAUACUCAAACACCAGCGCGGCCGCCGCGUUGCAGAAAAAACAGCCAGCAUGACUUUCCUGGACCUCUCGCCCGCGUUACUAAUACCGCUCAUCAUUUUUGGGAGCGCCGCGGUCCUGCUCCUCGCCCUCUACCUCGCGAAGCCCAAGCCGUUCCUAGAUGGCACGCGCCAAUCAUUAAAGCUGCAAGAGAUCAAGGUCCUGAGCCCGGACACGAAGCUCUUUCGAUUCGCGCUGCCGUCGGACAAGCACUGUUUUGGCUUGCCCCUCGGGAAGCACGUCAAGAUCUUCUGCCCGAACCCGACGGGCGUCGUCGCGGGCAAGUGGAACGGGCGCGACGACCCGGAAGAAGGUGCGGAUGAAAUUCAACGGUCGUAUACGCCCACCAGCUCCGAGGCGGAUUUAGGAAGAGCUGAUUUGGUGAUCAAGGUGUACGAAGGAGGGAAAAUAGAUAGAUUCCCGGACGGAGGGAAGAUGUCCCAGUAUUUCGGGAGGUUGAAGGUCGGUGAUGCCAUCUCCCUGAAAGGCCCCACGGGUAGCAUCGAAUACCUCGGGCGAGGCAACUGGCAAUACAGCAAGCGCCAGAUCAAGGGCAUGUCGCAUGUGGGCAUGCUCGCCGGCGGCACGGGCAUCACGCCCAUGUACCAGAUCGUCCAGGAAGCGCUGAGAGAUACGUCUGACAAGACCAAGUUCUCGCUCAUCUUCGCGAACCAAACCUUGGAAGACAUCCUCCUCCUCCCGGAGCUCAACGAUUUAGCAGAGAAGCACCCCGACCGCUUCACGGUGCACUACACCUUAGAUAGACCCGAGGCCUCGUGGGAGGGCUCGACCGGCUUUAUUACCGCGGAAAUGAUUUCCGCGCAUUUGCCGCCGCCCGCUUCUAGUACGCUCAUCGUCAUGUGCGGCCCGCCGCCCAUGAUCAAGUUCGCGUGCAAGCAGAACCUCGACGCGCUCGGCUACGACAAGAAGCGGCAGCUCGCGUUUUAGUCAGGUCGUCCUUCCGGUGUUGGGUAAGAGUCGCCUCGUAG